AGACGUUUGCACCAAAACAGUUAAAGAGGGACCUGCUGAUGUGUGGCAAGAUGGUGUUGGCCAGCCUGUGCCCAUCCUGGCACCUGGAGCCCUGCGAGGUCGGGUCUGAGGCCACCAGGAACUCCAGCAAGUGCCUGUGGCUCAUGAAAACCACAACACAACAUAAAACAAUACAACAAAUAAAUCAAAUCCUGAACUGUUGAUCCGCUGAUUCUCUGGCCGGAGUCGCACCUCCAUAGCGUCGCCGGCUUUACACCUCACACCCAAAGAGAGGGAUUCCCAGUAAAAUUAGACCUCUUUUUCAUGGUCCUUCGAGCCGGAUAAAGCCACUAUAAGACGCUAUGGAACCAACAGAGCGUGAUCACCUUCCUGCACCCCAGCCUUCAUCCCAGAACGCUACAGAGGAUCAUGUCCGUCCUCAGCGAGAGCGACACCUACCCCGCUAUCUAAGUGACUUCAUGAUGAACGAUGAACCUCAACAACCAGAUGAACCUCUAAUUGAUCUAGCCCCCCCAUCUCCACAGCGGGCUAGCGAAUCGAGGACCACAUCCGUGAGGAGCAAGUACACGUCACGAGCUUCAUCUCAAAGCAGCGGGAGGUCACGCCACUCCUCAUCACGGACUGCCUCCGAAGUUGGUCCAGGUUCCCACCGCAACUCUCUGCGCUCAGUUGCCGGCAUCCGUCUCCAAAACGCUCUUAUCACCAGUUCAGGAAGCGAUACUAACAGAGAACAUCCAACGCUUGGAGCUCGAGGAGCUGCAGUCACAGAUCAAGGAGGAAAACAAUGCUGACUUGGAGUGCCAACGCCUAAACACUCAAGCCAGGGAAGCCCAACGCCUACAGCAAGAAACACAAGAGGCACGCGAAGCCAUCGCUAAGCGUAUGGACAGGCAGCGGCGACUCAAGAGGAAAGAGAAAGAGCUACAGGUAGCUAAGAUAGUUACCUCAUUACUUCAAAAGCCAGAGAAGGAAGGAUCCAGUGGCGAUGAAACAUCACAUAAAGACUGCCAAUCUUCACCGGCUGCGGUUAACAACCUAACUGAAGGCAGUGCAGGCAUAACCUCUUAUCAUCCUGCUCCUCUACCACAAUCUUCUCGACUGCCUCAUCAAGCUAUCAUGGGGCCCUCACUCCAGCUGGCCUACUCCGAGCCUCCUCUUGCACCACAGAGCACGCCGCUUCCAUCAGCUCAGCCAGCACAGCACUACCCGAGGGCUGAACCUGUCAUCAACCCUCGUGAUAUGAACACGCUACAACAGGUGGCUCACCCUGCUGUAACCUCCACUUCGGUGCACCCGCACCCCGUCACACCAGCUCAAGCUGGGCUCCCCAUUCAAUCACACCAAGCCUCUGCAGUUCCAACUGGUACUUAUGGUCCACAGCAGUCUUCUACAGGACUCAAGACCGGACCACAUUUCACCACCAGUUCAACUCUCCCGCACCAGCACAUGAACUCGUUGGUCCAACCUGCGGUUCCCGUUCCUUCACGAGGCCCAGCUUAUUCAGCACCAGAGACAUUAAGUAACACUCUAUAUGGGGUUCCACCACCAAUUCUACCUGUAUUUGAACGUGACCGAGAGAGUGACUUUGCCCUUCUCAAGAUGGCUCUGGACAACCUGAUGGGCGGCAGUGGACACCUAACUGAACAAUAUAAGUAUCAGGUGCUUCUCAGCCAUUUGAAACUGCCCAGCGCUUUACACCUAGCUAAGGCCUAUAUGUACGACCCCCAGCCUUACACGACGGCCUUGCAUGCUUUACAAGACAAAUAUGGCCAGCCGCGGCAGCUCGUCCAAUCAGAGCUAGGUGCUAUCCUCAACUCACCCGCCAUCAAGUUCGGCGACGUUGAGGCCUUCGACUCAUUUGCCCUCUCCAUCCAGUCUCUGGUGGGCAUGCUGGGGACACUUGAAGGCCCAAAUGGGUUCGAGCUGAGGUGUGGAUCCCAUGUAGAUCGGCUCUUAAGCAAAAUGCCUCCCUCUUUCCGAGACAGUUUCAUCGAAUAUUGUCUCAACCGCGGGGUCCUCCGAACAGGGUCCGACCUGACUUACACCCUGCCUGACCUAGCAACCUGGCUCCAGAUGAAGUCACAAGCAAAGCGUCUUUCCAGUCGAGCAGCAGCGCUCUACCAGCACGAAACUCAUAAGCCAGUCAAGAAAGAUCGUGCUCCACAGUAUAAGGAGAAGACCACGACCAUCUUUCUCAACGCUAGAGAGCCUCCUAACCGAUCACCUCCUGCUCAUUCAAAGGCCAAGUUCAAAUCCAACCCAUAUUGUCCUUACUGUGACAAUAAAGAUCAUUUCUUAAACAACUGUGAAAACUUCAAGAAGCUGUCCACAGCUGAAGUUGCGAAAUGGAUCCGAGACGGGAAGCGGUGCUUCAAGUGCGGUCGCAAUCACGCUGCCGAGAACUGUAAUUUGAAGCGGCCCUGCAAGCUGUGUAAAGAACUACAUCUCACUGUUCUGCACGAACCCAGCCAACAGAUCCAAACCAGUGUCAACAUGGUGACCACACCCACUGUGAGAGUCUACCUCGACAGGCCCAACCGUUCACAACAUGUGAUGCUGAAGGUGGUCAAAGUGAUUCUUCGGAACGGCGACCGGGCUCUGGAGACUCAUGCUGUCCUCGAUGAUGGCUCAGAAAGAAGCAUCAUCCUCCCUCAAGCAGUGCAGCAACUGAACCUGCAAGGACAACCUGAAACUCUCUAUUUACAAACGAUCCAACAGCACGUCGAACAACUCCAGGGCAGUACUGUCUCAUUUGAUAUCUCUCCUUUGUGCAGGCCUUCCCAGAAGUUUCGGAUCCAUCACGCCUUCACCGCUAAAGGGCUCAACCUUGCCGAACACUCCUAUCCAGUGGCCGCACUCCAGCAAAGGUAUGAGCACCUCAGAGGACUGUCUUUACCGCCAAUAGAUCAGGUGCACCCCAUGCUUCUGAUAGGCUCAGAUAUGCCACACCUCUUGGUUCCCACAAAGCCAGUCCGUGCAGGUCCACCGGGUGGUCCAGUUGGAGUCUGCACCCAGCUAGGUUGGUCACUCCAAGGUCCAACCACACUUGUCCAACCUACAUCAACUGUGCAGUGUCUUCAUAUUUCUGCCGCAUCCCCUGCCACAGAACUCUUCAAGCACGUCGAGCUCCUAUGGCAAGUUGAUACGCUCCCUUAUAGUAACCCAAGAGCAGCUACCCGCUCCAAGCAAGAUCAGCAAGCUAUGGUCAUGCUUCAAACACACACCACCAGAGUCGAUGUUGAUGGAGUCCUGCGGUAUGCCACCCCGUUACUAAGACGAGCCAAUGCUACUCCGCUUCGUGCACCAAUGGAAGCGGUGUUGCCCUGCCUUCGCAGCAUCGAGAGGAAGCUUGCCAAAGACCCGAAGAGAGCAGAAGUUUACUGCAAAGAGAUAUGGAAACUGGAGAAGGCUGGCUACGUUGCACAAGUAUCACCAGAAGAAGCUGAGCAGACUGAUGAGUCGUGGUACAUCCCUCACCUUAUGGUCAACCACAAUGGAAAAGACAGGAUCGUCUUUAAUUGCUCAUUCCAACACCAAGGACGUUCGCUGAACGAACUUCUCCUUCCUGGACCCACACUUGGACCUACCCUGCUCGGUGUCCUCAUCAGGUUCCGCCAGCAUGCCGUGGCAGUCAGCGGAGACGUGAAAGGCAUGUUCCACCAGAUUCGUUUGCUACCCACCGACAAAUCAGUACUGCGCUUCAUCUGGAGGAACAUGGAUAGAGAGCAGGUGCCUCAGAUUUAUGAAUGGCAAGUCCUUCCGUUUGGGACAACGUGUAGUCCCUGCUGCGCUAUCUAUGCACUCCAGCAGCUCAUUCAAGACAGUGCAGAGUUCGAGCCUGGCCUAGCAGAGACAAUUGAAGGGUCUUUCUAUGUGGACAAUUUUCUGCACAGCAUGUCUUCCUCUGAAGAGGUCAAGAGAUUGAUCGACGACCUCCGCCAACACCUUCAGACUGGAGGGUUUGAAGUCCGUCAAUGGGCAAGCAACAUACCCACCGUGGUCGAGUACCUUCCUCCUGAAGCACGCUCUGAGAGCUGUGAGCUGUGGCUUUCCAAGAGUAGCAAUGAUCUUCAGGAACCUGCCCUGGGCUUACGUUGGAACUGUCUCAGUGAUUCCCUUGGCUACAAACCUCGUCCUAUAGCAACAUCAGUACCCACACUGAGAAACCUAUACCGGAUCCUUGCUUGCCAGUAUGACCCUCUUGGGUACAUCGUUCCAUUCACUACUACAGCGAAAGUUCUCAUACAAGACCUGUGGAAAGAGGAAAUCGGAUGGGAUGAUCCAGUUCGACCUCAAACCCUGCUGGACAGAUGGCGCACUUGGGAACAAGAGCUUCCUCACCUCAUACAUCUAGAGUUCCCCCGACCAUAUGCUCCACCACAUAUGGACACAUCGACCGUAACACGAGCACUCCAUAUAUUUUGUGAUGCAUCGGAGCGAGCUUAUGGCGCUGUUGCAUACAUGCGGACUGUGAACGAACAGCAACAAGUCCACGUCUCGUUUGUGCUGGCCAGGUCUCGAGUUUCCCCACGGAAGCAAUUGUCCAUGCCUCGCUUGGAGUUGAGCGCUGCCCUUGCAGGGGCUCAACUACUUGACGUCCUCCAAAGAGAGCUCACGGUGCCUAUUCACCAAACAGUCCUUUGGUCCGACUCCACCACAGUGCUCCACUGGAUCAAGUCAGAGUCUUGCAGGUACAAAGUCUUCGUCGGUACACGAGUUGCGGAGAUCCAGAACCUAACUGAUCCCAUCAGCUGGAGAUACGUGAACUCCGCAACCAACCCAGCAGAUGACAUAACGAGAGGUCUAACUCUUCGUGAGUUGAUGAGUCCGCACCGAUGGCAUCAAGGUCCAGACUUUCUCCACCAAUCAGAGGAAUGCUGGCCAACCAUGCCUUCUGCUGAAUCUGGAUCUAAUGACAUUGAGCUGAAGAAAUCUGUCAGAGUUGGGAACAUGACAAUUCUUCCGGGUCCUCCAGUCCCUGUUAUUGAAGAUUUCUCCUCAUGGAAAGAUCUCCUACAGGCCACAGCUAGUUCCCUUCACGGGGCGGCUAAAUCCCAAGCCGAAAACCAGCUCUGCGAAGCGACUGAUUAUAUUGCUGCUGAGGCUGCUCUUCUCAUCAAAGCACAGCUCGACUCGUUUCCUGACGAGGUCAAGGCCCUCAAGGUAAACCGGCCUCUUCCGUCUGACAGUCACUUGUGUUCUCUGUCGCCAGAGUAUGACGAAGUUACAGGUCUUCUGAGAGUUGGCGGUCGACUACGGCGAGCUGGACACUUGGAGAUCGAUGCAAUUCACCCAAUUGUUUUGGAUCCACACCACCCUGUGACAAAACUGCUAAUCCAAGACUAUGACAGUACUCUUCUCCACCCCGGACCAGAGCGAGUACUUGCAGAAAUGCGACGCAAGUUCUGGAUUCUACGUGGGAGGGAAGCAAUCCGCAAGCAUCAACACUCCUGUCAAGAAUGUCAGAGGUGGAGAGCUAAACCUGAUGUGCCCAAGAUGGCCGACCUCCCAUCCUCAAGACUACGGCUGUACAAGCCUCCCUUUUACUCCACAGGCAUGGAUUGUUUCGGGCCAUUCCACAUCAAGAUAGGCCGACGCCACGAGAAAAGGUGGGGCAUCUUGUACAAGUGCAUGACUACACGCUGCAUUCAUCUGGAUCUUCUCGAGAGCUUGGACUCGGAAGCCUUCUUAAUGUCUUUACGUCGUUUCAUCUCCCGUCGUGGCACUCCAUUUGAGCUGCUUUGUGAUAACGGCACUAACUUCGUUGGAGGCGAUCGUGAACUGCAGGACGCCUUCACUGCCAUGGCACCCCCACUGAAGGAGCAGUUGGCCAAACAACGAAUCACAUUUCGCUUUAACCCACCUGCAGCACCUCAUUUCGGUGGGACUUGGGAGAGGGAGGUGAAAUCUGUCAAGACAGCCCUCAAGGUUAUUCUGCAGGAUCAGACAGUGCCCGAGACUGUGCUCCGUACAGUCCUCAUUGAGGUUGAGGGCAUCCUGAACGCAAAACCAUUAGGUUACCUCUCCUCAGAUGUCGCGGACCCAGACCCAAUCACUCCAAACAUGCUGAUCAUGGGACGUAGGGAUUCGUCCUUACCACAAGCAGUGUAUGAUUCUACCAACCUCCUUGGCACACGUCGCUGGAAGCAUAGUCAACUGCUGGCUGACCAUUUUUGGUCCACCUUCAUCCGACACUAUUUGCCAUGUCUUCAAGAAAGACAGAAGUGGAGAAAAGAUGGCAAGCAACUAUCAGCUGGCCAGGUGGUCCUCAUCGUCGACCCGCAACUUCCACGGUCGCUUUGGCCAGUAGGUAAGGUCACUCAGACUCAUCCAGGAGUGGAUGAUUGCAUCCGCACUGCGACUGUACAAGUGAAGGACAGACAGUACCUGCGCCCUGUAUCCAGGUUGGUGCAGAUACCGUGUCUUCCAGAUAUACAGGACACUGAUUAAGCUUUCCUAUUAGUGUUCAAAGGUCUAGUUAGACCUCUGGGGGCGGCUGUGUAGGAAAGCCCCAUUGUGAGUGUGAGUGCUUCAGUUCAGUCGCUGCUACACUGGCCCUUCAAGGAGAGUGACGCGCGCACGAGUGACUUUCUCUCCUCCCUUCAUUGGCGCGUGCGAGUGACUCUUUUUUUCCUCCUUUCAAUGCGUGCAGUUCGUUCCUAAAUCUGCCGUCCUGUUUGUUGUCUUCCGGGUGUUGUGCGUGGAUGAAAAAGGUGGGUUUGGAGUAGAACUGUACUUUGGAAUUGUUUGAACACCUUUGGCAAAUGAUUUGCCUGUUUGUGGUCCGUUGCGUUGUUAGCCGCCACGAGCUAACCGCUAGCUUCCGAGCGCUAGCCGCCGCGCUAGCCGCUUAGCGCUGGUGCUAAUCGUUGGCCCUUUUGGCUACAUUCUGAAGGUUGAUAGUUUGUUGUUGCCAAUUCAGUUAUCUAAAUUGUUAAGUUAAUUUCCUGCUCAGUUGGUAUGCUCAUUAUUGUGCAUGAUUAGCAGUGUAUUUCAUUUAUAUUAUGUUUAAUGUUUUCCUGUUAAUUUAGCUAUAGGUUUAUACAGUAUGUAUUUAUAUAUUGUAUUAGUGACAUGUUACAUGGUUGUCCUGUGUUUGCAGAAAACCACAACACAACAUAAAACAAUACAACAAAUAAAUCAAAUCCUGAACUGUUGAUCCGCUGAUUCUCUGGCCGGAGUCGCACCUCCAUAGCGUCGCCGGCUUUACACCUCACACCCAAAGAGAGGGAUUCCCAGUAAAAUUAGACCUCUUUUUCACUAAUAUUUAGUGCAAAAGCCUUUGUUUGCAAUUACAGAGGUCAGUUACUUUUUGUAGUUCAGCACCAGGUUUUCACAUAUGGAAACUGGGAUUUUGGCCCAUUCCUCCACACAAAUCUUCUCUAAAACUGUCAGGUUUCAGGGCUGUCGUUGAGAAAGUUUCAGCUCCAUCCAAAGAUUUUCUAUUGGAUUGAGGUUUAGAGACUGGCUAGGCCACUCCAGAACCUUGAUAUGCUUUUUAAGCAGCCACUCUUUGGUCAACUUGGCUGUGUGCUUCGGAUCAUUGUCAUGUUGGAAGACCCAGCCACGGCUCAUGUUCAGGUCUCUGGCUAAGGGUAGGAGGUUGUGGCUCAAUAUCUGACAAUACAUUUCACCAUUCAUCUUCUGCUUUAUACUGUACAGUCGUCCUAUCCCCUUUGCCGUAAAGCAGCCCCAAAGCAUGAGGUUUCCACCCCCAUACUUCACAGUGGGGAUGGUGUUCUUGGGAUUGUACUCAUUCUUCCUUUUUUUCGACACACGAUGAGUAAAGUUCUGAAAGUUCUCCUUUUGUCUCAUGUGACCACAAGACUUGUUCCUAUGACCCCUCUGCAUCAUUCAAAUGGUCCCUGGCAAACUUCAGACGGGCCUUCACACGCACUGGCUUCAACAGAGGAACCUUCUGAGCAAUGUAUGAUUGUAAAACAUUGCGCAGUAGUGUUCUACUGACAUUAGCUUUUGAAACUGCAUCCAGCUCGCUUCAGGUCAUUGACCAGCUCCUGCCGUGUAUUUUGAGGCUGAGCCCUCACUGUUCUCAUCAUGAGUGAUGCCCCACGAAGAGAGAUUUUACAUGGAGCCCGAGUCCAAGGAAGAUUAUAGGUCAUGAUUAGCCUUUUCCAUUUUCUAACAAUGCUGCAACUGUUGAUUUAUUCUCGCCAAGCUGCUUUCCAAUUGUCCCAUAGGCUUUUACAGCUUUGUGGAGCUAAACAUUUUUUUUCUCUAGUGUCAUUCGACAGCUCUUUGGUCUUGUCCACGGUGACCGUUGGAUUAUGACUGACUGUGGGGUUAACAGAUGACAAUAUUGAGCUCA